CCGGGUGACUCAGAGGCCGGGCGGCCUUAUAAAUGCAGGAGGCCUCACUCUGGGUCAUCACCGGUCGGCCAUUCCUCAGAGCGACGUCCACAAGUCAGCGAGUGACUCGAUCAUCUGCUCCGCUCUCGGUUCAUUUUUGAUAAUGAAGGUCCUAAUUGUGCUCGCUUGUUGGCUGGCUGAAGGCCUCGCUGUCCCGGUUUUGAACAGGAUGCCCACAAUGCAGGGUGGCAGAGGAGUGCUGAUGCAGGGCAUGAAUGGAUUCCCAGUGCAGGGUGGAAAUGGACUCAACUUUCAACAGGGCUUCAACAUGAUGCCUGUCAUGAGAGCAAACGGAAACGGCCUGCAGCAGAUUUUCCGCAUAUUUCCUUUCCUACAGAGUCAGAAUGCUCUGCCCACACAGCAGACUUUGGAGGUCAGCCCCCAAAAUCAGUAUGUGAGUCCACUCUAUCCAAACUACGGGGGCUACCAGCCGAUCUAUCCCACUAUGCCCAGAUAUCCUUCUCAGAAGCCCGUUGAAUAUCUGAAGAUCAAAAUCAACGCAUCAAGCCAGCCCCCCACCUACGCCUACGAGUAUGGAAUAAUGCAGCAGGCUCCAUCUUUCAUGAAGGAUAACUCAACUGGUGCAGAAAAUGCCACAGCAGCCGCAGACCCCUCAGUAGGUGCAACUGGGCAGCAGGAGGUGGACAGCAGACCACCUCAGACCCUCCCGACUCAGUGGUGGCCAUUGGAGGAUGAUAGCAUUGAAGUGACAAUCAACAACCAAUGGACAAAGACGCUGCCAAACCAGGAAGACGUGGAAGACAAGAUGAAUGGCCUACAGGUCUUGGGUGCCCAAUAGCUGCUUUUCUCCACUUGGAAAGCUCAUAUUGAUGGCUGCAAUUAGGAUGAUUUGGUUUAUUUUGUACAAUUAGCUCCAAGGAAGCUUCCAGUAGUGUAAUGGCAAAGUGACACAAAAUAAAAAACAAGUGUUGUCAACCUUC